AGGGCAGGCAAAUCAUGGAGAGCUCGAGUCGCAAUGACUUCCAGGGUUAGGAGUUACGAAACCGCCAUUAUGCAUAUUCAGCUUAACUCACGUGAUUGAGCACGGGCUCUGGUCUUGGCGCGUAGCGACGGCAGGCUAUUUGCUCCACCCUGACGCUUGGAUGGUUGUGCAAGCGUUCAAGGAAGCUCGACAAGCCUUCUCCCGUCGCGACUGUUGAUUGAUAAAGUAACAAGCUGGUAAUCGAGACCUUGUCACCACCAAUUCCAAACAACACAUAUCCAGUUACGCGUUGUCCAAAUAAGUCAAGAUGAAGCUGGUCAGAUUUCUGAUGAAAUGCGCCAACGAGACGGUGACGAUUGAGUUGAAGAACGGCACAAUUGUACACGGCACUAUCGCCUCGGUCACACCCCGCAUGGACACUGCGCUUCGCAACGUCAAGAUGACCCCCAAGGGCCAGGACGCUGUGGCUCUGGAUGCCAUGAACAUUAGGGGCUCUACAAUCCGUUACUUCAUACUCCCCGAUUCUUUGCCGCUCGAUACAUUGCUAGUCGACGAUUCCGUGAAGCCCAAGAACAAGGCGAGAAAGGAAGCGGACCGCAGCGCCGGCGGCAGAGGUGGCCGUGGUGGCCGUGGCAGAGGAAGGGGAAUGGGUCGCGGCCGCGGUCGUGGCCGUGGCUAAGCGGAUCUCGUUUCUUUGGGAUCCGCCACGGCGUACGUCUCCCUGGACGACAGAAACGUGCGAAUUAGAUUCUUUUUUUUUUCAAAGACGAUACGAUGCUAUACUACGGUUAAUGGUGGAAUUUUUUCGGUCCUUUAUGCGUCCUUUGGUCGACCGGCUUGACCGUCUUGGUUGGGAAGAUCAAGGCCAGCCCGAAAUAACGUCCGGUGGCGACGACACGACAAAAUCGACGAUGAGUGCGCUUCGCAAAAUCGAGGCGCAUCUCCCAGAUCUUUACUUGAGCGACACUCGAGAUUCACCUCAUUCGCAUCGAGUGUUACACACAUAAACAC